UCUCUCCUGGGGGUCCACCCGCCAGCAAUCUAAACAAUCCUCUCACUAGCUCUCUCUGGACCUUGAAAAUUGCUGUACUGCCACUCUCAUAGUUGGUUUCAAAUUGUCUAACGCCCCGAUCAAAGAACAAAUACUUUUGAAGUGAAGUGAUCACUGAUGAUGAAGUGUUUGUCCUAAUUCUCUCCCUCUCCUUUAUAGCCACUCCCAUUACCAUCAUACCCAACUUUUUGCUUUUUCUUUUUUGUGAUAUCAAUUCCAAACUCGAAAGAAAGUGGUGAAAAGAUUCUAAGUCAACGAGAAGGGAUCAAAAUUAAUGGCCUCACAAGGGUUUGAUAUGUGUAGCACCACGGUUGGAAGAGUUUGAGUAGUCUGUACUCUGUACUGCAAAUUACAGCCGUCUGUUUUGUACUACUUUGCAGUACAUGCAUUAAUGGGUCCUUAGUUUUCCACUUUUGCUUGUUGGGUUGGUGAGAUAAUUGCUUGCUUCUAUUGGUUUAUAUAUUCAGGUCUGGAAUUUUUAAGUUCAAUAACAAUCUAGUUUUUGGCUACUGAAACCAAAGUGAUGUUCUCUUCUUAUUUUCCAAAUCUCGUUUGGGGUAUUCUUUUGUUAUGGCAUUUAAUGCUAUCCUGAUUACAUUAAAAGUCUCAACUGUGCUAUCCUGAUUACAUUAAAAGUCUCAACUGGUGCUUUUGCUUUUUCUUCUUCUAUAUAAGGUAGCUUGUUGGCUAACGCAGAGCUCAUAUUACCCCCAUUUGCUGCUGAUUUUGAAAGUUUCCACUUUUCAAUCUGAGUGGAUGUUUUUGGAAGAUUUGCUCAAGGGGUAAUGUUUAUUUGAGAUUUGUCGUUGACAAUAUAUUCCAAUUUUGGACCUUUGUGAUCUGUUCAACGUUUUUAUCCAUUUCCUACCAAAGAGAAGAAGAAGAAAACCAGCAGCAAGAAAGGAGAAGAUUUUGAUGAAUAAUCUAAUGGAGAAUGUGAACAUGGAAGAAAUGAAAGAGAUUGAGAAGCUUGAGAAUGAGAAUUUGGAAGAGAUGAGAGAUAAGCCAGAGGACACAAGUAGAGUUGCUCCGUGGACUAGACAGAUCACAGUUAGAGGAGUCGUAGCUAGCUUAGCAAUUGGCAUCAUAUACAGUGUGAUAGUGAUGAAGCUAAACCUCACCACAGGGCUAGUCCCUAAUCUGAAUGUUUCUGCUGCCCUAUUGGCUUUUGUUUUUGUUAGAACAUGGACUAAACUCCUCCAGAAGGCUGGAAUUGUAACCAAUCCGUUCACUCGACAAGAAAAUACCAUAAUUCAAACUUGUGCUGUUGCUUGUUAUAGCAUUGCUCUUGGAGGUGGUUUUGGGUCUUAUCUUCUGGGUUUGAACAGGAAGACAUAUGAGCAAGCUGGGGUUGAUACAGAAGGGAAUAAUCCUGGCAGCACAAAAGAACCUGGAAUUGGUUGGAUGACUGGUUUCCUCUUUGUAACCAGUUUUGUUGGGUUACUUGCCUUGGUUCCUCUUAGGAAGAUUAUGAUAAUAGAUUACAAAUUAUCUUAUCCUAGUGGAACUGCUACUGCGGUUCUCAUUAAUGGGUUCCAUACUUCUAGAGGAGACAAGAUUGCUAGGAAGCAGGUUCAUGGAUUCCUUAAGUUCUUUUCAAUAAGCUUCCUGUGGGCUUUCUUUCAGUGGUUUUACUCUGGUGGAAAGAAUUGUGGUUUUGCUCAAUUCCCAACAUUUGGAUUGAAAGCUUGGGAAAACUCAUUUUACUUUGAUUUCAGUAUGACUUACAUUGGAGCAGGAAUGAUCUGUUCCCAUCUUGUGAAUUUGUCUUUACUUCUUGGUGCGGUACUUUCUUGGGGAAUCAUGUGGCCACUAAUAGGAGGGCUUAAAGGAUAUUGGUUCCCUGCUACUGUACCAGAAAGCAGUAUGAAGAGUGUAAAUGGUUACAAGGUUUUUAUUUCUAUUGCCCUGAUCCUAGGAGAUGGGCUCUAUAAUUUUGUCAAGAUACUUUAUUUCACUGCCAGUAGCAUCUGUGCCGGAGCAAAGACUGACAAUUCCAAAACAUAUAAGCCAAAUCAAGCUCCUGAUGAUCUUUGGAGAAAUGAAGCUUUCGUGAGAGAGACUAUUCCAAUGCGGGUAGCAUUGUUAGGAUACACCGCCUUCUCCAUCAUUUCCAUCAUUGUGAUCCCUCUCAUGUUUCCUGAGCUAAAAUGGUAUUAUGUAGUUGUUGCCUACAUUCUUGCACCCUCUCUUAGCUUCUGCAAUGCUUAUGGUGCUGGUCUAACUGACAUGAAUAUGGCAUAUAACUAUGGAAAGGUGGCCCUCUUUGUACUUGCGGCCAUGGCAGGAAGAAAUAACGGUGUUGUUGCAGGACUUGUGGGCUGUGGCCUGAUUAAAUCCAUAGUUUCCAUCUCUUCUAAUUUGAUGCAUGAUUUCAAGACUGGUCAUCUCACUCUCACUUCUCCUCGUUCGAUGCUUCUUAGCCAGGUCAUUGGUACUGCAAUAGGCUGUAUCAUAGCUCCCCUUACAUUCUUUCUCUUCUACAAGGCUUUUGAUGUGGGGAACCCCGAUGGAGAGUAUAAAGCUCCCUAUGCCAUCAUAUAUAGAAACAUGGCGAUUCUUGGUGUCGAAGGUUUCUCUGCCCUUCCCCAGCAUUGCUUGCAGCUUUGUUAUGGGUUUUUUGCCUUUGCUAUUUUGGCCAAUUUGGUCAGAGAUCUAUCCCCAAAAAAUAUUAGCAAAUGGAUCCCUCUUCCAAUGGCUAUGGCAGUGCCUUUCCUAGUGGGGGCGUACUUUGCAAUUGAUAUGUGUGUGGGGAGUCUGAUUGUGUUUGCAUGGCACAAGCUAAACCGCAGUAAAGCAGGUUUGAUGGUUCCUGCAGUGGCCUCUGGCUUGAUCUGUGGAGAUGGCUUGUGGAUUCUUCCUUCAUCCAUCCUUGCAUUGGCUAAAAUUCAUCCUCCAAUAUGCAUGAGUUUCAAGUAGAAAUUCUCUUGGACAGCAAAAUCUGUACUUGUUGACAAAUAAAACUUAUUGCAGGCACAAAUCAAGUGCAUUAUCCUGAGUAAAACAAAUAUAAGGAUGAUUAGAAAGUUUCUCAUUUUAAGCAGUAAACAAAACUGCAGCAAAGCUGCCAUAGAUGUGCAUCCUGUGUCAACCAGAGUUGCAGGACGUAUGCAUGUACAGACUAGUUGAGCUAAAUAUUUAGGCCAACUUUAUCAUAUGAUUAGUUGUCUCGGUUGAAGCCCACACUGUUUGCGUUGAUUGGGUUCUGUGUUUCGAACUUGUAACCAUAUAGGCCUGGAGACGACUCUGGUGAAAUCUACUUCUUUUUGACUUGGGUGGUAAUUUAGCAACGGUUGUAUACUGGGAUUCUUGCCUGAGGGUAUUGUUUGGCAGUAGAGAUCGGUUCCUUUUUAUCCUUCAGCUAUUUGGUUAAACAUUCACUUUGCCUAAACACAACCAUCAACUGGUUCUUUGUUUCUGUGUUGCAUUGUUCUACUGCUAUGGUGUUGGAGUACACAACAUUUAUAACUAUUGUUGAGAAAAUCAUGCUAUGGGUAUGUGAUACUCUCCUUACCAAUUUGAAA